AUGGCAGGUCGUCCUGUUAUUCCUCUAUUGGGCUUUCGCCCUCGUAGUGCUGCUUUCUUAUCAGCAGCAUUUAAGGGGGCAGAGGUACCUUCUCCUAUUAAGGGCAGCAGCAGCAGCAGCAGCAGCAGCAGCAGCACAUCAUUGCUGCAGCAACAAAUGAAUGCUGUUGCUGCUGCAGCUGCUGCUGUUCCUGCGCCUGCUUCCUCUGCCUCUUCUUUACCCACAUCUAACCGUCAACGGCAGCAACAGCAGCAGCAGCAGAAACAGCAGCAGCAGCAACAACGGCAGCAACAUGACGAACCUUCGCCACAUAACAGUACAGAGGAUGAAAAGGAAGGAGAGCAGCAGCAGCAGCAACAAAGGCAGCAGCAGAAGCAGCAGCAGAAGCAACGAGAAGGAGGCGAAAGUGCAGCAAAAAAAUUCAAGGCUAGCAGCAGCAGCAGCAGCAGCAGCACCAAGAUUGUUGCUGCAGCCAAGCGAGCGCCUGAAAAGAAAAGCAGCAGGACAAGCAGCAGCAGCAGCAACAGCAGCAGCAGCAGCAGCAGCAGCAGCAGCAGGAGUGGAUCGCGGCGUGAGGGUGCUGCUGCAGUACGAACCCUUGACAGUGCAUUGGCGCCCAACAGCAACAACAGCAGCAGCAGCAGCAACAGCAGCAGCAGCAGCAGCAACAGCAAAACUCGUUUAGAGACAGGGGGUUUAAAUAGUUCUAUUGGUCGUCUUCUACUAAACCCUGGCGCCUCUUUUGGUCCCGCGAGGGCAGAAGCAGAUAGACUACUCUGCUUUGUAAUAAAUUGCGAAGAUCGUCGAUUGCGUCUUCAUUGUGGCGAUGCUUCACAAACCUUCCAUUGCAGACCUCAUGAUGAGGUCUUGCUGCGCAAAGGAGAUAUCUACACAUUUACUAACGAGAGCAAGGUGAAGGUUGCGGAGCUGACGGCAGUGGCAGACUUUGGCCAGCUGCUGUGA